AUGCGCCAGAAUCCCCCCAAGAAGGUCAAGGCGCCCAAGGAGGAGAACACCGUCUCUCUCGGCCCCCAGGUCGCGGAGGGCGAGCUCGUCUUCGGUGUCGCGCAUAUUUUUGCGUCGUUCAACGACACCUUCGUCCACGUUACCGAUCUGUCCGGCAAGGAGACCAUCUCCCGUGUCACCGGUGGCAUGAAGGUCAAGGCCGAUCGUGACGAGUCCUCUCCCUACGCUGCCAUGUUGGCUGCUCAGGACGUCGCCACCCGCUGCCGCGAGGUUGGCAUCACCGCCCUCCACAUCAAGCUCCGUGCUACCGGUGGAACUGGUACCAAGACCCCCGGUCCCGGUGCCCAGUCCGCUCUCCGUGCGCUCGCCCGUGCUGGCAUGCGCAUCGGACGUAUCGAGGAUGUGACCCCCAUCCCCACCGACUCUACCCGUCGCAAGGGUGGUCGCCGUGGUCGUCGUCUGUGA